AUUUGGAAUUUCCUCGUGCGCGUUGAAGGCGGGUACCGCGCGAACCCGUAUCACAACUGGCAGCACGCCGUGGACGUCACGCACACAGUGUAUCGUUUCAUCGUCAUCACGGAACUGCGAACACACAUCACGCAAGUCGAGAAGUUCGCGCUCAUGAUCGCCGCGCUGUCGCACGAUCUCGACCACCCCGGGGUCUCGAACGCGUUUUUAGUAAACGCGAAAGACACGCUCGCGACGGUGUACAACGACAACAGCGUCUUGGAGAAUUCGCACAUCGCGUGUUUGUACUCGAUCAUCCACACGCGACAGACGCGCGGAGAGGACGUCGCGAACGUGUUCGCCGCGCUGGACGACCCGCUGUACCGCGAAGUCCGGAAGAUCAUCAUCGCGACGGUGUUACACACGGACAUGAGUCACCACUUCAAGAUGGUGUCGCAGAUGGAGCCGGACGACCGGCAGUUCAUCCUAAACGUCAUCCUGCACGCGGCGGACAUCUCGAACGCGGUGAAGCCGUUCAAGACGUACGAGAAGUGGGCGCACAGGGUCUUAGGCGAGUUCUUCAACCAGGGCGACAUGGAGCGCGCGCGCGGGGUGCCGAUUUCGCCGAUGAUGGACUCGAGCUCCACGAACGCGGCGUCUUCGCAGAUAAACUUCAUCGAGUUCAUCGUCGCGCCGCUGUACGCG